ACUUACCAGAGAAAAUUUGGCCUCUCGCGAGACCUGCACGACAUCACCAACGAUGGCGUCUCAUAAUGAUUUACCAAGAAUCUCUUCCUCCACCGCUUUUGAAUAGGGCAUAUGGGUUGCGUCUGGUCCAUUUACUUCCGCCUCCAUCGAGCAUUAAUUGCUCCUGCCUCCAUUCGUACCUGCAAUAACUACAACCGCCGCGCACAAAGAGCCUCGACAAUAGGUUAGAAAAAAAGACAAGAAAAGUAGGGGUAAAGGCUUACCAUCAUGGAGGAGGGACACGCAGGAGCGAGAAGCCCAAUGCCAAGCACGCGAUGGGUCCACAUCAAACCCUAGUUGCCGUCAUUUCAGUUUUUAAAAUACAAAGAAAUUAAAAAAAAAAAAAACCCAAAAAAUCUGUAAUUCUCCAAAUUGUAUAUCGAUUGGCUUCUUUUCGGAAACUUUCAAACUCUCCAAGUCGGUUUGAUUACUGUGGGAAGGCGGGAAAUUGUUCCCGCCUGGUUAAUGCAUGCAAUCUUUGCCUUGCCCCAGACAUUCUUCACUGCCAAAUUGCAUUUUGCCCUUUUACCUUUGCAAGCCCUAAUCUACAUUUUCUUUCCUGCGUAAAUUUGGGUUCCUUAUCUGUUGAGCUAGAACAAAACCAUAGAAUACAAUUUAUUUUUUUAUAACAAAAUCAGCACACGGCACUGAGAUUUGAGAAUCGACAAGAAUUUGUCUUUCAGAGAUUUUAUUGUUCUCACUCUGAUUUUUGCAGAAGCUAUAGUCCUUCUAUUGAGUACCAGAGAUUUUUUCCAAUGUCGACUUUUGGCACUAUCAAUACUGCUACAAGUCCUCACAACCCUAACAAGUCAUACGAGGUUGUGCAGCCACCAACUGAUAGCAUCUCAAGCCUCUCUUUCAGUCCAAAAGCUAACUAUUUGGUGGCAACAUCCUGGGAUAAUCAUGUAAGGUGCUGGGAAAUUCACAGUACCGGUGCUAGCAUGCCCAAAGCUGCAAUUACACAUGAUCAACCGGUUCUCUGUUCAACAUGGAAGGAUGAUGGCACUGUAGUUUUUUCAGCUGGCUGUGAUAAGCAAGUUAAAAUGUGGUCUCUGCUCUCUGGUGGUCAGCCUGUGACAGUGGGAGUUCAUGAUGCUCCUAUUGAAGAGAUUGCGUGGAUUGCAGAAUUGAACUUGCUUGUAACUGGAGGUUGGGACAAGACACUAAAGUAUUGGGAUACUCGACAGCAAAACCCAGCGUUUGUCCAUCCACUUCCUGAACGAUGCUAUGCGUUGAGUGUUCGGCAUCCUCUUAUGGUUGUUGGGACUGCAGAUCGAAACUUGAUAAUCUUUAAUCUGCAGAAUCCACAGACCGAGUUUAAGAGGGUGAUGUCUCCCCUUAAAUAUCAAACAAGAUGUGUUGCAGCCUUUCCAGACAAGGCCGGAUUUUUGGUGGGAUCCAUUGAAGGAAGAGUUGGUGUUCACCACAUAGAGGAUGCACAGCAAAGUAAGAACUUCACUUUUAAGUGUCACAGGGAUGGGAAUGACAUCUAUUCAGUGAAUUCUUUGAACUUCCAUCCUAUUCAUCAAACAUUUGCAACAGCAGGAUCCGAUGGAGCCUUUAAUUUCUGGGAUAAAGACAGUAAACAAAGGCUAAAGGCAAUGGCAAGGAGUAAUCAACCAAUUCCAUGUAGCACAUUUAAUAACGAUGGUUCUUUAUAUGCUUAUGCGGUGAGCUAUGAUUGGAGUAAGGGUGCGGAAAAUCAUAAUCCAGCUACUGCUAAACAUCACAUUCUUCUACAUGUACCACUGGAAGGUGAGAUUAAAGGAAAGCCCAGAGUUACAACAGGUGGAAGGAAGUAAAGAUCAUUUUUUCUUGAAUCCACAUUUUCAUCUUCGGGGAACUUGUAUUUACCUCAGUAUAGUUUUGUAUUUAACAUUGAUGUUAAUCAAGUUAAUUGAAUAUGGUUUCUGCACCUUCCAUGGGUUGACGUGGAUGAGGCUGUAAACAGUUUUGACCAACAAAUUUAUCUAUAUAUUCUGAUUCACAUUUAA